CAACCAGGAACGGUCAGCUGCUUGCCUCUACAAUUGGCUUCCAGGAAAGGGGGCAGAGGGUUCCUGGCUUCUGAUUGUAUAUAUCUCCUCAACUCGUCAUUCAUCUUCCACCAUCACAUCUUCUGACUGACUCAACCACUCCAACACUCUCCACUCCUGACCCUCCGAGACCUCAGCUUCCACACCCGCCAUGCUCGCCACCACGCUCUUCAGCACCCUCGCCUCCCUCCUCCUCGCCACCAGCGUCACCCCUACCUCUGCCCGCUCCAUUCACUCCCUCUCCGCUCGCACAGAGUACCAAGAUCCCAACUCGGAGCUAGUGGUAGACUACCCCGCUUGUGGCUACUACCGGUGCAUCUUCAAGGACUGGACACAGGGUCAGCCGGCCUACAUCAAUUGGCAGAAUGCCCCCUAUGGAACAGUCAAGCUGCAGCUGAUGAACGAUUACAGUGAUACCAAUCAGACAUUGGCAUUUGAGAUUGGAUCGGCGGCCAGCCCUAGUCAGCCUGGAUACUGUGAUGCGGGAGACGGAUUGGGCGUUGUGGUUCAGGGAACUCAAUGUGGAAGAUUUGAGUUCAUUGUGCCCUCUGAGUGGAAGACCAACUACAACUACUCCGUCCGUGCCUACCUGGAAGGCGACGAGUCCGUCGAGUCCUACACCGACUUCAUCCAGAUUCAAGCAGCAAGUGGAGACUUUGCUCUCUCUACCGUCGCCAUCUCUGGUGUUCCCACAUCCACAGACAAGUCCGGAUCAGGUAGCUCUUUCACCGGCACCUACACCGCGCCUACGGUCGUGGGAGAGGCAGUGAGCUCCAGCGCCUCCAGCAGCAGUGGUAGCAGCACAAGUAGCGGUACAACGGCAGCUCCAACGAGUGCAAGCGACUCCUCUAGUAGCGCCGCUGCUGCCUCGACGUCCUCGGCUGCACAGGCCACUGCCUCUGCAGGCACCUCGGCCGCUGCCUCGAGCAGGCAUCUUGGCGCUGGCGUGCUUCUGGCGGGUCUGAGUAGCUUGAUGGCAGUGGUGGGAGGGGUCUUGUUGUUGUAAAUAGGAGAGAAGGAGACAAUGGUCAGAGGGCAGGGGAAGGUUGGUCGUAUGGACACUACUGUUUCUUUUGCGUGCGUUUCUUAGUCGGUGUCCCGUUGCCGUAUCUACUGCUCUCGUAUCGUGUCCAUUACAACACACCAUCCAAUGAACACUCGUUACUCUGUCGCCUUUCCAAUACCAC